AUGUUCAUCUCAUUGUUCAUCUUAUCAACAAAUCUUCUGAUGGUGCUCUCUGCAGGGCAUAUGAAGCCCCUUGACUGGAAUAACUGCUUUAUGGCAGGAAUUCGAAGCUUUUUUAAGCGGUAUAUCCGCCUCCAAAAAAGCUUUUGCAACUUUUUCAGGUAA